AUGAAGAUGGACUGACUUAAAUUUAUUACUUUAGUGGCACUUGCAUAUGCCUACCUCAAAAUUCCACUCGUAAAAACAAGUCGUCAAUCACUGCCAGUGCCAAACUCUUUUUCGUCUCUGAAAUUUUCAACAAAUUUAUAUGGAUCCAACACAACUAGCUAUUUUGAGAAUUAUUUCAAUGUGCAAUACAGUGGAAUAAUUCGUUUAGGCAGCCCACCUGUAGAGUUUAAAGUCAUUUUUGACACAGGAUCUUCAUGAUUAUGAGUCCCUUCUAUUGAAUGCAAGAUUAUCUGCCACACCUCUUUUAAUUAUUUCAAUACAUCAGAUAGCUCAACUUAUAAGCCGUUGAGGAAAAAGGUGAAAUUGGUGUAUGGGAAAGGCUAUGCAGAGGGCGAACUAAGCCAGGAUAACUUAUUAAUAGGAGACUUACAGAAAUUCAAUGUUGUGAAUCAGACUUUUAUAUCAGUUUGGACAACAAAGGAUUUUCAAGGAUUAAAUGCUGAUGGGAUUUUGGGGCUAGGAUUUAAAGUUCUAUCAAAUGGAUACAACACAAUGCUAGACAAUCUUCAAGAGCAAGGACACAUUGAGAAGAAAAUAUUUUCUGUAUAUUUAAGUGACAUAAUUAAAUAUGGCACCUAAGCUUAGUCAUGGCCAGGAGGCCAUGCAACCUUCAUGUACAUAUUUAAUUAUAUCGGGCAAGGUUUUACCGCACUGGAAAUAUGCAACUAUGCUAGGUAAGCCAUUUCUGUUGUGCUAGAAGCCUAGCAUUUGCCCAUUUUCUGGUUUUGGUUUUACCUCGAGGAAGAAGAUGACUUGGAAGUUAGAAAGGGGUGGCCCAGCAAAGUCCUUUUGACCUAUCUGGCACUUCACCACCGUGAAAUCAGGGGUUACGGCUUGGGCUACAAGUUUCAUUUUUGCCGAAAGUCAGCCAAAAACCCAUUUUUUUGAUUUUCCGUGCAGCCAACUUCGCCGCUGCAGCCUGAAGCAAGGCCCGGGAACCCAUAGUCUGCCCAUUCAAAACUGGAGCUAACAAGAAGUAGCAAAGAGGAGAUGGCCGCCUUUCCGGUAAUCGGAAGUAGAUAUUACUUCAAAGUGGAUGAAUCCCUGGUGGAUCCUCGGAAGCCGAGUUAACAAAGUGAGCCCUAAUCCCCUAAUUAAUUAAGUAAGUAAGUAUAUUUAAAUGACAAUAAGUUCAAUAGCGAAAUAAAGCCAAAUCUUGAAUCAGCUAUAUUAAUUGGAGGCUAUGAUCUUGCUACCUAUUCCUCUGAAGAAAAAUUGAAAUUUGUUAAAGUGUUUUCUGAAACUGGAUUUUGGACCGUCUUUUUAUCAAAUAUCAAAAUCAAUGAGGUGCUUAUACCAGCAGUAUCAUUUUUGGCUGUUAUUGAUACAGGAACUAGCCUAAUAACGGUGCCAAGGCUCGAUGUUGAUGAAAUUAAGCUUAGAAUAAGACAAAGAGGAGAAUGCUUUGAGGAGAAUGAAGUGCUAAUUUGUGAUUGUGGAGAUAAAUUCGAUAUAAGUGUAUACCCUGAUAUUUCUUUUGAGCUUGGGUCAAACCAAAAAUGCUUCCUUAGCCCUUAUGACUACUUCCUCCAAGUAGGCAAUAUUUGCCAAUUACUAUUUUCUCCAUCCCCAAUAAACAACAUUUGGGUGUUAGGAGAUGUUUUUAUAAGAAAAUAUUAUACCAUUUUUGAUGCAGAAAAUAGUCAAAUAGCCUUUAGCUCUGUCAUUAAAACUAAUUAA